AUAUAAAAAACUUUGAAAAAACUUCAAAAAAUAUUUUCGUAAUAUUGUGUGAAAUUUAUUUAAUACAAUUUACAACAGUAAAGUGCUAAUUAAAAAAUGGGUGAUCACGACGAAUUUGAAGACAACCAAUUUCCCAAUAACGACGAAUUCAUUCCAUACGUAACGGCCGGUAAUCUUGCUUCAAAAAAUGGCGCUAAAGUAACACUUUGGGGAAAAGUUACUAGAGUUUCAGCUAGUGAAGGAUUUUAUGUGAAAACCGUAGACGAUCAAGAAGUAUUGAUACGUUUGAGGAAACCUUUAGAUGAGCCACUUGAAGGAUGGUAUGAAAUAAUCGGCGUGUCACAAGGUAAAACUGUACUGUGCGAAGAUUAUGUUUCUCUGCCGGACAACAUUACAGCAAACAUUGAUAUUGAUGGGCACAAAGCUUUGGCCAAGUUAUUAGCGGCCUUAGAUGAUCCUUGGAAUCUUGGAGAGAAUAGCCAUAGUGAAUUAGAGUACUGAGAUUUUCAUUUUAAACUGUGAUGUAUAACUAUUAAAAAUGAACCCUACAUAUAUUUGUAAAUUUUCAUUUGUACUGUGU